AUGGGACUUGACAAUCGACGCCCUCCGCUGCCUGCCCCCACCGAGACGUCAAAUGAUGAAGACACCGAGGUGAACGCGCAGUUCACAGGACGCACCACCUACGUGCCCGACGACGGCAUAUCUCUGCCACCUGACGGUCGUCCCAUUACGAUUUCCACCCAGAAAAUUACGACGGCGCGUGAGGGAGACAUCGGGCGCCACGGCCGGAACAAAAGCCAGACAAGCCUGCUGAUUGAAUACUUUGAGGCCUCCAAGUCGAGCGACAAGAGUCGGUCCCGUCCCAGCGUGAGGGUCAAGGUGACGCCAAGCGCACACAAGAAGAGCCGCUCGGGGAAUGAAGCCAUCCAAAUCACUGGAAUAGGCUCCGAUCGCAAGCCGUCAUACWCCCGGCGCAUAUCGCUCGGAAACUUCAAUAACCACGGAAAAUCUACAGACGUGGUUGAGGGGACGGAGGUUAGCCACUCGUCGGAAAGCAACGUAUCUGGCAGGACACCGUUGGAGAUUGAGGUUCUCAACAACGAGAGCGACAUUUCGACUCACCGAUCAUCCCGCGCGCUCAAUUACGCGGCUGUCGACUCGAACGUAUCUUCCAUGCCGCCGGACAGUAUGUUGGAGGGUGAAUCUUACAACGAAGGCGAUGUGAGCCGUGCACUGGAGCAAGAUGGUCGGUAUGAGGAGACAGCCUACCUCAAGGCACCUGUCAGGACCGGCAGUCAGAAUCGUAGCGACAGCAGAGAGCGGCUCACUCAGAAAGUAAUGGAGAAGCUGGGAGCAUCAUCGUCCAAGCCGCGCAAGUCAGGCCGCACAGGCCACGAACGUAGCUCAAAGGACUACAGCAGCACCAAGGAAUACGAUGGCGACUCCCGCGAACGCCGCCGGAAGUCUUCCCGAUCACAUCGGUCUGAAGAGGACGCAGUCAGCGGCGCAGAGUCCAGCUUGCUAUCUUCCCAACUCACGACAAGCGACAGAUCAUAUCGGUCCGGCACUUCGAACGCUUCACGGAUGACGAACAACCCCAAGCUUUUGGAAAUGGUGGAGGACACCAUCAAGCGCAUGAUACUCCCCGAGAUCAACGCCAUCAGGGAGGAUCAGAAGACGGAUCGCAAACUGCGUUCUUCUGCGGAUAGUCGGCGCGGGUCCGUCCAGACCGAAGACGAAAGUCACAGCAGUUCACCAAAACCCGCCUCCAAGCCCAAGGUGGUACUCAAUCGCGACGGCGAUGAUCCUGGAGUUGUGCUCUCGCGUGGCGAUUCAGAACGUGUGAAGCACCGUAAGUCUAGCCGAGAGAGCCACACUGAGAAGACGAAAUCCAGCAGCCGGCGCUCUUCGGGGCAUUCACGCGGCGAAAAAGCAGACGAGCAACAACUGCAGCCAAGGCCAAGCGGAUCCAACAAUGGGCUUCGCGGUGCAGCAUCUGUAGGACUGGCAGGUGGGGCUCUGACUGCGGCGGCGCUCAGGCAUCACGACUCUCAUGGAGACAUGCAUGAGCGUCGCAAGAAGCGGAGCAAGUCUCGUGGCAGUCGCAGUCGCUCUGUGAGUAUCACUGAGAAGGCUGAUGAGAUUCACUCCGACAAGAUCAUCCCGCCAAUGCCUCUUGGCAGCAAUGUGAAUGAUUCGGACAUGACCCGCGAUAGCUUGCUCUCCAAAGCGACUGAUUCGUCAGCGCUACAUGAAUCCCCUGGCCAGACUCCCGUUCGCGAAAUCUCACGCGGUUCCUAUGAUGCAUCCAGCUCGCCCACAUCUUCUCGUACACUUACUGGCGUGUCCCGAGGAAUUGGCAAGAGCCAUUCCAACCACUCCUUCGAUGGUCCCAGAAGUCCAAAUGGCGGCAUUUCAAAUCAAGCCCGCGUUGCAGCGCUGGCUGCGGCCGGCCUCGGCGGUCUAGCCGUGAUGAGGGGCGGCGGGGACCAGCACAUGGAUGCAGAUGGUUACGGUGCGCCGGCCCCCCAACGCAAGAUAAGCAGUCCUGUGCAAAGCAUUUCGAGUUUGAAGAAGAACUUUGAAGACGACGAGCCGCUCGUGCCUCAAGCUCUGCGGUCGCGAAGCCCGGCGCACAAACCCUCUGCCGAUCGUUUGCGAGGCAGUCAUCAUUCUCAAGCCUCAUUGCAUUCUGUCGAGUCUUCGCCCACAGCCAAGUACGGUCAUUCCCGGCAACAUUCGCACAAUGGCAGUGUGAACGAUCAACCACGUGACGCGGGGACGCCGGGCGCAGAGACUUCAGAUGAAUGGUUUGAACGACAGCACCUGGUCAAUGAUCGCUACCGCGACUCGACGAAUCGAGACUCGUAUCAGACGAAUCCAUAUCCUCAGGACGAGAAGCGUUACACCAUGAAUACAGACGAUAGCUAUGAUGAGCACCUUGACGACACACAUUACGACAGCGACAAGGAUGUGCGAGAUGUUGGGCAGAACAUGAACUACGUGCACACUCCUGUGGCAGUGGAGUCUGCCGUUGCAUCGUUGAUGGAACAUUCUACAGUGAGUAGUCACCUACUCUCCUCAAUUGAAAGCCCGGGCAGGACGAAUGGAACCUAUAGCGAUCGUAUGGCUGAGCACAUUCGGGUAAUGGGUAAAGGCAAGCUCGCCGUCUAUGAGGGUUCAACACUCAGUCAGACUAUGCCUAGUCAGGAUCGGUGGGCAGCUAUCAAAGGUCAAGCCGUGAGGUCUGUCGAAAAGGUCGGUAUGUCGCCGGAGCAAAGCCCAGCAAGGAGUCUGCACCAGGAGGGUACCUAUACAAACCAGCCAAGAAUGGUCUCUAGUGGCUUGCCGCUUGCCGAUGACCCCAUGCCAGAGAUUGGCCAUUACGACUCGCAAUCUGACCUGACAAMCAACCCAUCGAUCAUUCAAGGACCCCUGGGUGGCGAUGCUACUGGCAAAGACACAUGGCCGUACACUCCCGAUCCACCUGCCAAUGGUGCAAAUCAGGACAGUCGUUCGGCCAGAAGUGGCCAAGGCAACGGAGACGGGAUCUUUACUCACACUAUCGCUGGUGGUACUGCCUUCACCGCUGCGCAAACCAUGCGCCAGACUGUUGGCGGACCCGACCGAGAAGCCACCCCCACCGGCACCGGCACCUCCCCUGCAUUCCGCGAUGRGGGGUAUGUCACCGACGCUCGUACUCGCUCUGUUGGGGGCAUCACACCACGUCCAGACCAGGUCUACGGCAAGAGGGACAUGGAAGAGUAUCAGCGUGCAAUGGACGCUCAAGAUCUGACCGGCGAAGAUCCWUUCGCGGCCGCACAGCAUACYCGUCAAUUCAGCGGCAACUCGCACGGGAUGGCCUCGCCAUUGUACGACAGCGCGACUGGCAAGGGUCUCGAUCGCAUUCAAUCUCACGACAUUGUCGCCCUCAUGGACCACCUGACCGUUCGCGACGCUCAGCGUAACGCUCGAGACACCGAGAUUCUAGUUACUCUAGUGCGCAGUGCGGCGGAGAUGCGUCACUCAUUCGAUGAGAUCAAGAAAUUCAUCACUGAGCAAGACAAGCUUAUCAUGCAAACCACCGACCGCAAUGCAGAGUACACGGCGCAGAGGGUUUUGAGUGGCCCACGCCCGCAGCCUCUUGGAUCCCCCCGUACUCCACGCYGCGCCACAGAGUCCGAGGAGGAUGUCCAGACCAAGCGCAAAGGUGUCCUUCGAAGAGCUCUCAAGGGCUUGACUGGCGGGAAGAGCGCAAAGGAUCUCGCCAGAAUUGAAAACAUGCUCAUGCAGGUAUUGGACAACGUCGAAGAUCUCAAGCAUCAAAACGGCGGACGACCGCCACUUGAKCGUUCAUAUACCGAGGACAGCAUGGACUCCUACGAAAAGCUUCGAGCCGCGCCGGAUUCUGGCUAUGAGCCCGAGGGUCAAGCUGGAACAUCGAGCACUGCUAGCCAUUCGGGACAUUUCGCAGUCGCGCCGCGUGAAAAGCAACAGUUUCACUCUGGGUACGAUGGUCGUCGUGGAUCCGACAAUCGCGUCAGUACCGUAGCGGAGGACGACGAAGAUGAGCUAGAGCCUCAUGAGCACCUCGUGUUGAGCCAUCAGUUUGAAAACAACGAGCGUCUCCUGACCCCCACUCAGGAGCUCAAUCGCACCCGUGGCGUAUCGCCUAGUCAGACACCGCCUCAGCACGCUGCGACUUUCAACACACCUGAUAAGCAGUCCAAACACAAGAGCAAUAGYUCCUCUCUCUUCGGGGUUCCAGUUCCAAAGAUUUCGCGGUGGUCAAAGACCACAGCAUCGUCUGCUGCCCCAGAUCCCGCUACCCUCGACAGCCCAAAGCAGGCCCGCAACUUGCGACCAUCGUCCGAGGCAUCAAGAUCAGAAUCAGCAUUGGGGGAGUACGAUGAUGACCAGUACUCAAUUGAGGAUGACGACCGUCUGCGCUCGACCCAAAGCCUCGCGAGAGAGCAAGACCAAGCCGGAGCAGGCGACAGUCGCACCAUGCGCAGCCAGGGGAGUCGACUCACCAGAACACCGUCUCCACUGAUUCCAAGUGAAGCUUCUUCCAGCGGUCACUACGGUUAUCAUCAUGACGAGCGAGUCGCGUCACCGGUGCAGGAGGAUGAGGAUGCGCUGUUCGACGACCCCAAAUAUCAGGCGCAUCGGAACUCACUCCCUUUGCAGCAUCCUCAGCCACGACAGGGUCCGACUCCGCGUCACCAGAAUGCCUUGGAGUCCCAAGCGCAGACCUUUGACGAUCACACCGGAACGAACUCCGAUCUUUCACAGCGCACGGUCUCAGAUUUCGACCCGGCAGUCUGGGGUUCCUCGGGAACGGCCGGCUUAGCACGCCACCGUCUGGCCCACGUUGAGCCGUUGAGUCCAGUGAGUAUGAACAGUCCAAGCGGAUACAGCAACCCCGUAAGCAGUAGAGAUGGACCGCUGGUGCCACAGCAGCAGAAAUCGUCUGUCCCUCCCAAGGUGGCCUACCAGCCCGAGUUGUCUCCGGAGCCAGAGUCCGAGCCGCAGUUCAGCAACAGUGGCUUCAGCAGAGAGGCGUAUUCUUACAGUAGCCCUUACGGCUCCGGGCACUUGUUGGAGCCCAUUCCGGAAGUCAGAAUGUCGUUGGAGACGGAUUCUGGGAGGAUUUCCCCAGGCGCAUUCUCGUUGGGUUCGGCCAAAGCGGUCGACAUGCGCUCACCGGGCAGGAAAAUCACGGGUCCACGGCCGAUGAGCGGUUCCUCGCCGAAUACUGCGCGUAUCGUGGAAAACUCGGGAAGCGGAACAGUCCGUCGCAAGCCGGUCCCAGGAAGCCAAGCCUCCCUCGACAGUUUUGAUAGCGAGACAUUCUGA